CCCCUGGGCAUCAUCUCUCUGGGAUAGUAAGUUGUUGGCCGCUGUUGGAUCUGUCGCUGCUUGGAGAGGACCAGCCCGGUGAGCUCGGGGCAAAUCACUAACAUCUGGGCUGCCUCUUUCCGGGAGUUUUGCCCUCUGGUCGGGGGGAGAAGACCCCGCUGGGCACAUGUUCUCCAUCCAGGAUACCCUCUCCCGGGGAGGACUCAGCAUGAAGGAGGAACCGCUGGCUGCCGGCUUAUCCUCCGUCAGGUCUUGGAUGCACGGCUCGGGGAUCCUGGACUCCGGCACCGCUGCCCAGAGCGGGGUCGGUUUGGCCAGAGCUCAUUUCGAGAAACAACCUCCUUCUAACCUGAGGAAAUCCAACUUCUUCCACUUCGUCUUGGCCUUGUAUGACAGGCAGGGGCAGCCGGUGGAGAUCGAGAGAACCUCCUUCAUAGACUUUGUGGAAAAAGACAAGGAGCAAAGCGGCGAAAAAACCAACAAUGGGAUCCAUUACAGGCUCCAGCUUCUGUACAGCAACGGACUCCGAACGGAGCAGGACCUGUACGUCCGCCUCAUUGACUCCAUGUCCAAGCAGCCAAUUAUCUAUGAAGGACAAGACAAGAACCCAGAGAUGUGCCGGGUCCUCCUCACCCAUGAGAUUAUGUGCAGUCGAUGUUGCGACAAAAAGAGUUGUGGGAACCGCAACGAGACGCCGUCGGACCCGGUGAUCAUCGACAGGUUCUUCUUGAAGUUCUUCCUGAAAUGUAACCAGAAUUGUCUGAAGAAUGCGGGAAAUCCGAGGGACAUGAGGAGGUUCCAGGUCGUGGUCUCCACUACAAUCAACGUGGAUGGUCACGUCCUCGCCGUAUCUGACAACAUGUUUGUGCACAACAACUCCAAGCACGGGCGCCGGGCCCGCAGACUGGACCCCUCCGAAGCAGCCACACCGUGCAUCAAAGCCAUCAGUCCCAGCGAGGGGUGGACCACAGGAGGGGCCACGGUGAUCCUGAUAGGGGACAAUUUCUUUGACGGACUUCAGGUUGUGUUCGGCACGAUGCUGGUGUGGAGCGAGCUGAUUACCCCCCACGCCAUCCGCGUGCAGACGCCUCCGAGACACAUCCCGGGGGUGGUGGAAGUCACCCUGUCCUACAAGUCCAAGCAUUUCUGCAAAGGAGCCCCCGGCCGCUUCGUCUACACAGCUUUGAACGAGCCGACGAUUGACUACGGGUUCCAGAGGCUGCAGAAGGUGGUCCCGAGACACCCGGGAGACCCCGAGAGAUUACCCAAGGAGGUUUUGCUGAAGAGGGCCGCGGAUCUCGUAGAGGCUCUGUACGGUUUGCCGCACAAUAACCAGGACAUCAUUUUGAAAAGAGCAGCAGAUAUUGCUGAAGCCCUGUACAGCGUCCCCCGCAACUCCAAUCAACUCUCAUCACUAACAGCCAAUCACCCUCACUCAGGCAUGAUGGGCGUCAACUCAUUUGGUAGCCAACUGGCCAUCAACAUUGCUGAGUCCUCCCAAGGGUCCGAUCAAGGUUACUCCAGGAACUCCAGCAGUGUCUCCCCGCGAGGUUACGUUCCCAGCUCAACCCCCCAACAGACUAAUUAUAACACCAUCACCUCCAGCAUGAAUGGCUACGGAGGGGCAGCUAUGACCAGCCUGGGGGUGCCGGGGUCUCCAAGCUUCCUGAAUGGCUCGACCGCUAACUCCCCGUACGCCAUUAUGCCUUCUAGCCCCCCGCUCGGGGCAUCGUCCAUCAGCCUCUCCUCCAGCGCAAACCCAGCCACGUCCACCGGCAUCUUCUCCUUUUCUCCUGUCAAUAUGAUCUCAGCGGUGAAACAGAAGAGUGCGUUUGCACCGGUCGUCCGACCCCAGACUUCACCUCCGCCGACCUGCACCAGCUCAAGUGCGAACAGCCUCCAAGCCAUGUCCGGCCUCAUCGUGCCACCCAUGUAGAACAAGCGGCCCAGGAUGACAAGGAAAACCCGAAUCUAUCCAUCCUGGAUUGUUUCCGGGCUGGUCUAUGUAGACCUUUUGCCCAACGUCAUGGGACCUCUGGAUGGGACUGGCCUUCAUAAACCCAGCAGGUGAGAAGAGAGAGGAAUGGAGGAAGGCAGCCUGUUUUUCUGAGUGGACGUGUCUCUCUGAGAUGGGGCAUGACUCUCACUCAUUACCCCCUCCUCCGGCACAGGGGUCUACAUUGAAGAGGACACCAUGUGCCUUUUAGUCUCUUCCUUUGAUAAAGGACACUUCUACUUGUAGGACCAAACACCCGCCCUUUAUUAUAUCGGUUAAAGACGAUUUUUCCUAUACGUUGAGCUAACUGGAAUAUUUCUCUGGCUUAUGGAUCAUUUAUAACCUGAAGACCAGCUUGCACUGAGACUCUGCCCCAUCAUCCUUCAUCCAAACCGCGUCUGUAGCCUCGUAAGGUUGUAGCAGAAGAGGGUCUGGAGACCUCGCUUUGUCCGUGGUGUCGUACGACGGGGAUUCAUGGGGAGAACCUCUGUCUGGAUAAAACCUUAAAAAAAAACUGGAGCGAAUGUUCCAGAAUAGAUCUUUC